CGCGCCCCGCCCGCCCGCCGCUAAAAUGGUGGUGUUCAGUGUGUAUGUGGUGAAUAAAGCGGGCGGUCUGGUCUAUCAAUAUGACAACUACUCGCCCCGCAGCGACGCCGAGAAGACGUUCAGCUUCCCCCUGGACCUGGUGCUGAAGGUGCACGACGAGAGGGUGGUGGUGGCUUUCGGCCAAAGAGACGGCAUCAGAGUUGGAUACGCCGUGCUCUCCAUUAAUGGUACCGAUGUGAAUGGGCGCCAUAUGUCCGAUAACCGAGACGUAUUGGAGUUUCUGAACAACUCUUUCAAUUACCCACUGGCCAUUCGAUUCGGACGUCCUCGCUUGACAUCUAAUGAGAAACUAAUGUUGGCUUCCAUGUUUCAUUCGUUAUUUGCAAUUGGUUCCCAACUGUCUCCGGAGCCUGGAAGUUCUGGAAUCGAAGUCUUGGAGACGGACACCUUCAAACUCCACUGUUUCCAAACACUGACAGGAAUCAAGUUCAUCGUAUUGGCGGACCCGAGGCAGGCUGGGAUUGAUUCUCUCCUACGAAAGAUUUACGAAAUUUAUUCAGACUUUGCUCUUAAGAACCCUUUCUACUCUCUAGAGAUGCCGAUCAGGUGUGAACUUUUUGAACAGAAUCUGAAGGCUGCGUUAGAAGUAGCAGAAAAGGCUGGAACCUUUGGGACUGGAUCUUGAGCUGCUGGGAGUGUGUGUGUGACACUGACUAAGGUUCAGAACGUUCACGGAACCAGCAGGCAGACUCUCGUGUACAUAUUUUAUCGCUGCGUGCGUUCAGACACCGUUGAAAUGUUAAAAAAAAGUGGCAGUAAAAUUUAAUUUGAACAGAGAUGUAAUAUAAAUGUGUAACCGGGCUUCAUGUACAUAUGGACAAUAAACUUGCAAUUGAAAUUGCUUCUUCGAGCAAGAAAAUAGAA